CCGGUCACGGGUCAGGCCUGGCAAGUCCAGUGUUCCAUGGACCAUGGUGCACAUGGCACGAGUCACAAGUGCCCUUUCACGCUCAGCCCGUGCGAGAACUGUCAAGCGAAACGAGCCCUACAAUGCAGUUUUGCUACCAAGAAUGGAUUGUUUGUGAAGCUGUUUUCCCUAAUCUAGUCAUUGGAUUUCUAGAAUAGUGCGCUAGGAACCUAGCGGUUGCAGUGUGUCCCUGACCGUGUAUUUGGAGAGCCUGGAGUGGAGCUGAUGCGCUUGUGUCCAGACGCUGUUUCUGUGAAUCGCUACUGCAAAGCAGAUGGUGGAGCAGUGUUGGAGCGUAGGGAAGACGUUACUCUGCUGGGUCCCGUGCUGCGUCUAGAGAUUGGAUACAGUGACAUUGAGGCUUGACGGCUUUUACAGCAUCGAAUCGAAUGUGCAUGUCUUGUUGGGUGGUGCUGGAAGGUGAUCAGGCAAAUGGCCGCCAUGGUUAACGGUACAGAGUCCCUGCCCAGGAACUUCCGCAAUCGAGCCGGUAGCGAAAAGAAGAAAGGUGGUCUCUUCAGUAGCUUCCGCAAGAAGAAGGCCAAUCGGCAGCCCAUUCCAAGUCAGUUUGUGACCGAGGAACAAAAGAAUGAAGAAGACAACUUCGCUAUCAACAAGCUGGCAAUGGAUGAUUUUGAGUGUGACUACAGGGAGAAUGGCCAUGAAGGCAAACCGGAAUCCAAAGCAUCUGUGUCUGGCGAGGAGUCGCCGCUCACCCUUCGAGAUUCUUCUCAGCCAGACCUCAAGUACGCUGUUGUCAGUGGAGCAGCGCUGCCACAGAGGCUGGUUCCACGGCGUGAUGCGGAUGUGUUCAAGCCGGGUGACCGGUCACCACGCCGCUCCUUUCUACCACGUCCCUCCUCGUCAGUGUCAUUAUCACAUUCAAUGUUGGACACAUCAUCCAUAGCGUCAUCGCCAGGCAGUGAUGGCUCUAGUCAAGUUGGAUCACACUCCACUGUUCUUUUCUCGCCACCGCCAGGAGUACUGGAUGCAGAGCAGGGUGAUUCCGGCGAUAGUAUCACACCCACCCAGGAUUUAGUAAACAAUUCGUCAUUCAUUGAGUACGAGAGGCAUCUAUUUGUGAAGAGUGCUGUCCAGAGUGCGUGGAGCAUGGAAGAUCCGCUCAACGUCUGCAUGCCCAAAUUCGUGGAUGAUCUGGAGGCACCGAGUCCUCACCCGGAACCAGUGAUGUCCGAGGGAGAGGUGUCGUCCGUAGGUGAGCUGACGGCCGACGAGCGGUCCCCGCUGAGCUCGGAAUACGGCUCCCCGCUGCAGCAGCACAGUGAACUUGCCGACAACAAAGUCAUCAACAACUACCGUGACGCUAAGCGCUUGUCAGGUUUGUGCCGCAGUCCUUCUGCUACCCCGGUUGACAGCGAAGAAGAGCAUGGAUCACCGCAGGUUCUCUCGCCCCACGCUAGCCUGCCAUGCCAAUCGAUAGCGGAGCAGGCAGAGGAUGCUACUCAGCACCAGAGAAAGAGUUAUGAUCAUCUCGCGCAGAAUGUAAGCUUGUCAGCACCCAACUCACCCUCACUGAUGCAGCGGCGGCGGCAAAGCCUCAACUCGCCACGGCAUGGCAGGAUGGGUCGGUCGGUGCACAGCAGACCACAUCUACUGGGGCCUAACCACCACCUGUCUACUGGCUCGCUGUCAUCAGCUAGCUCUGCGGCAAGUAUAGGCAGCGUGGAAAGUGUCGAGCUCACUCCAAGCCGGUAUACCAACGGUCAUCGACCGGUCGCACGGCUCUCGGGCAGCAUUGCACAGCGGAGGGUGUCCACGUCUGAUAUUGCCAGCCUCGGGUCAGAUGCAGGAUCGGGGUCGCCAUUCCGGGCACGAUCACAGACCACUGGCUUCAAGACAAAGCUGGAGGUAUCGAUCAGUGACAGUGCUGCAACGCGCACAGCUGGACGGUCAGCACCCAUGUCGUACGGAAAUAUCGUCAAACGCGGUGGCCAUGUGCGCGUUAAAUCAAUGACGAAGAUGAAUUUGGCCGGUGAUGGUUCGGAUGCCUCUGUGCCUGCUCGGCCACGUAAUCGAUGCAGUGUCCCCACAUCGCCAUUCAGUCCUCUCCUCUCGCCUAGUCCCCAGUCAAAGUUUGUGCUGAACCCAAGCACCCGCUCGAGCAGCAUCCACGUGGAGCCGUUCAGUCCAACAUUUUGGACUCUCGAAUUCAGCGUCGAGAAACGCGACAUUGAAUUUGUCUUACCCAUCAAGUCGUUAAUACGGAUGCCAGUCUCAGGUGGAAAGUCCAUCUCUCAGGUGAAGUCAAUGCUGUGGUCAAAGAUGAGUGAUGAAGGUCUUCUGAUCAGCUACCAGAACCUGAAGGACAUGUCCCACUAUUCGUUCAAGUACUACUACAACAAUGACAAGUACGAGCUGUUUGAUGAGCUGCAGAUGAUGCAAACUCUACACAUCUGGCAGACUUGGAAGAAGCACGGCAUGCGAGUGGGCACCCUCAUUGUGGAGCUACGGCGUGAACCGAAAGCCAAGGAGAAGCGCUUGGUUCACACCAUAAGUCACCUGAUUGGCGGCGGCUUGACUCAGUAUCUACAGAGGAGCACACCGGAAAUCGACUGGACACGGAGAAGCCUUGUUGGUGUACGGUUAGCGGCAGUUAGGCAACGAGACAAGCGAGAGUACAGCAUGGAAGCAGAGGUUACGACCAAUCCCAUCCCGAGCCACAUCAAAGAGAUUUUUGCCAGUGGCUCAGGAAUGCUGAACCUUGAAGUCUUCUUCAUGCAGGAGCCCGGGUCAAAGACGAUUGAAGUUCCUAUCUCUUUCAAGCCAACUGAGAUCAUGAAUGAUAUCUUCCAUUAUUUCAAGACGGAAGCUGCAGCACAUGAUGCAUCCAGCUCCGCAAGUGAUUACGUUCUGCGUGUGUGCGGUCAACGGGUGUUCAUCCACGGUGACCACCUCUUUGUCAACUUCAUCUAUGUGCGAGAGUGUCUGUCCAAGCAUUUGCCAAUCAAGCUGGCACUGGUGCCUGUGUUGGAUGCCGAAAAUGACGAGCCGGAGAGCUUUGGCGACGAGGAAUUCGUGGAUGAGAUGUGUGGUGUCUCCGCCAACCACUACCAAUUGACCAUGCUGAACAAGCCGCACGGAGAAGUCUUCAAUAUGUCCAUGUGGGACAUUGGACAGAACUUCAGAAUACGCGUUCUGGGCCUGAGUCGGCUCACUCCCGGCGUACUCGGUCGUGGUGAGCGCAUCGGCUCUGUGUAUGUGGAGGCUGGCAUCUAUCAUGGUGGCAGAUCAUUGGUCGCACACCAGCGCACCAGUGAGCUACCGUACCGCACCAAUCCCAACUGGUACCAGUGGGUGGAGUUUGAUCUGCCCACGCGACAUCUGCCAAAGGCUGCUCGCAUUUGCUUUUCCGUAAUGAUGACGGUUGUGUCGAAUCGUGGUCGUCAAGUUCGUGGUCCUGUUCCAAUGUACUGGGUGAACAUGAACGUCAUCAAUCACAGGUCUCUACUACAGCAGGGUAACGUGGCGCUGUCCAUGUGGCCGUGUUCCAGUACUUCACGCGAGAGCUCUAUCCUGUCAGCCGACACAUUCACUGACGGCGGAGCGCCUGGUGAGCUGGAGGAGAGCAAUCGCAAUAGCAUCAUGGCAAUUGAUGGCAGUGAGGCCAGUGUGUGUGGCAUGCAACCAGCCGGUUCCAGUGCUGUCAACUCACAGUCGUUUGACUGUCCAACCCUGACCGUGGAGCUGGAUAGUUAUGCACACCCGGUGGCUUGUCCCAACUCUGGAUGGCCUUGUACGUUGCCCCAGUCACCCAGUGAACCACCGCCUGGCUCUAUUGAACAGUUAGAGAAAGUCACCUCAAGCAGUACAUUCGUUGAAAUGAGUGAUGAAGAGAAGAAACUAGUGUUUCAUCAUCGCGAGUUCCUCUCCAAGAAUCCAAAGGCACUAGUCAAGUUCCUAGGGUCUAUCGACUGGGCUGACCUGCAGCAAGUGCAGGAAGCGCAUCGCCUCAUUGCCAAGUGGACCAAGAUUUCACCAGAGGACGCAUUGGAGCUGUUGGAUUUCCAAUUUGCAGACAAGGUUGUGCGCACAGUGGCCGUGUCUUGCUUGGAGUCUCUGUCCAACAUGCAGCUUGUGGCGUAUCUCCUACAACUUGUUCAGGUGUUGAAGUUUGAAGCUUACCAUGACAAUGCUCUGGCUCGGUUUCUGCUGAAGAGAGCACUCAGCAGCAAACAUAUUGGCCACUUCUUCUUCUGGUACCUUCGUGCUGAAAUGGACAGGCCUGACUUUCGGCAGCGCUACAGCUUGCUGCUCGAGGCCUACCUCAGAGGCUGUGGCAAGUCUAUGUUGGCACAGUUCCAGAAGCAGAAUGCUGCCAUGAUUGGCCUGAAUGAGGUUGCUCGUCGUGUGAAGUUUGCAGAAAGUCGUAACGAGCAUGGUCCACCGCUCAGCCAGCUUCUCACUGAAGCCGACCUGCCAAGAGGGUUUGCACCAGCUUUCAACUGCAGCAUUAUACUUGGCAAGCUUGACGUGGAUGCGUGCAAGGUGAUGAGUUCCAAGAAGAAACCUCUUUGGCUGGAGUUCUUGACGGAAGAAGCUGCCAGGGGCUGUCGCCAGAUCAAGCAGGUCAUCUUCAAGCAAGGUGAUGAUCUACGUCAGGAUAUGCUGACACUGCAAGUGUUGCGUCUAAUGGACUUGCUAUGGCAGAAUGACGGCCUGGACCUUUACAUGAUCCCUUAUGGGUGUGUAGCCACAGGUCUGAACAGUGGUAUGAUUGAAGUCGUUGGCAAUGCACAGACUAUAGCCAAGAUUCAACAAGAGGAAGGUGGUGGCAUUCUCUUGCCCAAAGGCUUCGCUCCGUUCAAGAAGGAAACCGUCUUCAACUGGCUGAAGAAGAUGAACCCAAGCCAAGAAGACCUGGACAAAGCCGUGGAGAAGUUCACACUAUCCUGCGCUGGCUAUUGCGUUGCUACCUACGUACUGGGCAUCGGCGAUCGGCACAACGACAACAUCAUGCUGACCAGGGACGGCAACCUGUUCCACAUUGACUUUGGCCACUUCCUGGGCAACAUCAAGUACUUCAAUGUGCUCGGCAAGAAAGUGAAAAGAGAGCGACUGCCGUUCAUUCUCACUCCCGACUUCAUCUACGUGAUGAACAGCAAUAAGGAAAAUGAACUGUUCCCAUUGUUCCAGAGGACAUGUGCCCGUGCAUUUAACAUCCUUCGACGGCACGCCAACGUGCUGAUCAACUUGUUUGCCAUGAUGAAGCUCACCGGUAUACCAGAACUGCGAGGUACAGAGGACCUCUCCUAUCUUCAUCAAGUACUUCGACCGGAAUCGACUGACACUGAGGCUGAGCGAUGGUUCUCCAGUCUCAUUGAGGAGUGCCGCGCCAACAGUGACAGUGUGCAGGCUAACUGGGCGCUGCACAUCAUCGGGCAGCAACUUGCAGCCAAGACGUAGCAAUGCUGCUGGGACCAAUGCUUGGCUGGCUGCAAGUGCAACCUCCAUAACGCAGUGCGAGACAGCACUGCGCUGGUGUCCAUCGAGAGUAGUAGCACUCUCCACCUGCCAGAUUGCAGGACAUUCUGAUUCACGGUGGUACUGCUACCUACUAAAUCACGUAUCAACCAAUUUGGCCAUGCGUUGGUGCAGUCACUUGGCCUAGCAUCAUGUUACAAUGUUGCUUUGUAUUCAUAUUUUCUAAAUUCAAUAAUCAUUAGGUAUGAAAUUUGCACAGGUGUGUGCUGGUAAAUAUAUAGAAUUUGCGUAUUCUGGGAAGGAUACUAAUUUUUGAUAUGAGGACAAUAUGUUCCACAUUGAUCACAAUCUACGACUUUGCAGUUUUACGCUUAUAUUUCUUUGCAAGCUUCACUUUGAACUAGCCAAUAUUUUUAAAUACUUCAGUCCCAGUGCCAGCUGACAUGCGCUCGGCAGUCAACCAGCUGAUAUAUAUUUAUAGAUGUACGCAGGUUGUUUGUACUCGUUGUCAGUGUUUGAGUAACCGCAGGCUAGCAACAAUGUGCCCGGCCCGGCCCGGGUUUAGCUGUGCCCGGCCCGGCCCGGGUUUAGCUGUGCCCGGCCCGGCCCGGGUUUAGGCCCGGUGUUUUCUAAUAGUGACUUGUUGGUCAACAUCGUGUAACCGCUUUGGACACUUAGGAGAACGUAUAAUUGUAUUUCCAUGCUCACAGUGGCACGGAAUGAACUGGAAGAGCUCCUCAGAUUAUCACGCAGUGGCUUUUUUUAGUAGUAACCGUUUACUCCGAUGAUGCCCAGACAGCCAAUUAGUUGGUGAUUCCUGCUAUAAUAUACUGUAUCUGUUGUCAUCUUUUUUCCAAAGCUAUUUUUCUUGAUCUUUGAGCCAGCUCUUACCCAAUGCGAUCGCCUUAUUAGCAAUGCCCUAUGAACAAUGACGUGCAGCAAAUACAGAGUAAGCAUACUCUAAUCAUUAUGAAGCCGUGAUAACCAUGAUAACGCCGUAUGCUGUACCUUCUAAGAAUCGUGUCCCUUUUGUGAA